CUGUCACCGACCAUGUCCUCUCUGCAUCUGCAGGACUUUGACCUUGACGAAAAUGGCGACGACACGCACACCCUCCACGCCAAUGAGGACAAGGUUGACUCUGGGGACUACCUGUCGCGAAUGGAGGAUGUCAUGGGUGACCAUGCGGACGCGCAAGUGAGCGAGCAGGAGGACGAAGACGAGGAUGACGACGAGGGAUUCGUGUAUAACGGAGAAGACGCCCCUGAGACUUCGUUUGUGUACAAGGAUCGACUGCGGGAGGUACUGGGGUCCGAAGGCGAACCGGACGAGGAAGAUCACGAAGUACACGAAGUAGAGCACUCGCUUAUAAUUCCGCCAGACGCAUCCCAUUCCGACGACGACGACGUCCCGCUGGAGCAAGACGAUGAAGUCAUCCCGUCCUUGAGCGUUUCGUCAGCUGGCAUUCUAACUCCCCCGCGCGCGGACUCUCCGAGCUUGAAUGGUACACCAUCGAAGCUGCUAUCGCGACCAUUCCUCCACCCGAAUGUAUCGCGUCUGCGUUCGUAUACUCCAGGCUCCCGCCCUAUGUCCUCGGCCAGCUUUGGUUCUGUGAACUCGCACUUUUUCGACGCGUCGCCGUCUCCAUCCCAUUUCUCGUCAAUCUCGCGUGCGUCAUCGCCGUCGAACAUGUACACCCCGUCGUCCAGUGAUGCUCCCGUCAAAAAUAAGCAAGCCCGGACGGAGCGUGAGGUGUUUCGUUGGACUCCGCUGCGCAGCAUAACACAGCAUGCAUUUGGGCCCAAGAAGGCGACGUCUGUCUUGGGAAAUUCUAGCCACGGGGCUCCGACCGUGCUUGCGGCUAAUGGGCUUAUAUGCAUCGGGACCGACACGGGUUCUAUUUGUGUAUAUGACUUCAAGCAGACUUUGAAGUGCGUUUGUGGAGAGGAUACUGCGGGCAAGGCUGUGGGCCCAGUCACUGCACUGGCUCUCUCGCAUGAUCAUACGUUUGUUGCAUCCGGUCAUGCAUCAGGAUACAUCCAGCUGUUUGAUCUCAAGAACCCAAGUAGUCCUGCGCGAACUGUUCCUCCGAUCACGCUCACGGCAGUGGCGUCUGGCCGACAAGAGGGACAUAUCCAAGGCUCGCGUAUUCUGAGUAUCGGUUUCGUGGCGGGACGACAUACGGCGUUGGUGACCGCGGACGAGCAUGGGCUGGCGUUUUAUCAUAGUCUGGGCAAGCUUUUAUUCGUCGAGGCGUCGGACAUUCUGCGCAUCCUCGGUAAAUACAUGGAAGACAAUGCCCCCGUGAGCGCAGGGACAAAGCGGUCUCGGUACACGAUACUUUCGAUGAUGCCACUUCCUCUGGGCGCGUCACCCCAUACGACGGACGGCUACCACGUCAUCGCACUCUUGACGCCGACGAAACUGGUUGUGGUCGGGCUCAAGCCCACACCCAAGACGUGGUUCAAGUACCGUCGUCCUGGGAAUGUGAUGGAUUCAGGAAACAAAUGGAGGGGUUCGAUGGCCUGGUUUCCGAAUGCGGGCGAGAACACUGCUCCGAUUCUCGCGUUUAGCUGGGCCAAUACGCUGUUCCUUCUUCGCAUCACCGAAAAUCGGGCGAAGCAGCUUGCGAAGAACUCGCGGACAGGGAAGACAGCGGAGAUGGACGUCGGAAGGAUUGUUUACUCCGAAGCUGGGCAGUGGUCUGCAACGGAGGCUAUUCUUGCUGUUCAGUGGCUCAAUGCGAAUCAAGUGAUAGUUCUGACGGCGUCCACACUGCAUGUAUACGACGCGCGUCUUGCGAAGGCUGUCGAAUCUGUGCCCUUUGAUGGCCUGAGUCUUGUCUCUCCGACGCUGAGGGCGACCAUCAACGGUUCAGUCCCAUAUCUAGACUCGGUGGGCGAUGUCGCACAGAGCAUCAGGGUCUACAAGGGCAAGAUAUUCCUCCUGGGCCGAGACUAUGUGCAAGCUGGCACGCUGCUUACAUGGGCCGACCGAAUCCUGGGCUUCGUGCAGGACGGCGACUUCCUGAGUGCAAUCGACCUCGCUCGGUCGUACUACCUGGGGGAGGCUCCGGGCAAUCUGAACGGGCUACCCGACGAUGCCGCCGCUCGGGAGGUGACCAUCGGCGAGAAGAUCAGAGAGCUCAUGGUGGCUUCGAGCCGAUAUGCUUUCUCUGAGGACCGGAUGUCCGAUGGAACGCACGACACUCUCGACGGCCGCGGCGUCGAUCGGACGGCGCUGUUCGAAGGGCUGGUGGACUGCUGUGCUCGAGCCUGCGUUGCGCUGAAGGACUGCGAGUUUGUGUUCGAGGACCUGUUCCAGUACUACGAGGACGCCGGGAUCACCCGCAUCUAUCUGCUGCAACUCGAGUCGUUCAUCCUCUCCGGCGACAUCCGCAACGUCCCUCCACGAAUUACACAGCGGCUGGUGGCUCUCCACGACCAGGACGGCCGACCUGACUUGGUGGAGCGCGUGAUCUGGCACAUCGACCCGUUGUGCUUGGACAUCAACCAGGCCAUCACUCUGUGCGAGAGACACCAUCUGUACGAUGCAUUGAUCUAUGUCUAUACGCGUGCUCUCAACGACUAUGUGGCACCCGUGGUGACGCUGCUGGGCCUCAUCCGUAAGGUUCAGCAGCAUCGGAGAACUUCGGCCGAACCGGUGCCCGAGGGCCAUCCCAUGGAGCCGGUGAUUCUCAACGCGUACAAAAUCUAUCCGUAUCUUGCCAACUGUCUGUCCGGACUGUCUUACCCCAGCGAAGAGCCUUUACCGCCGGAGGAAGCGGCUUUGGCCAAGAGAGAUGUUUAUGCAUUUCUGUUCUCGGGCCGAUCGAGCAUAUGGCCCGAGGGAGACGGAGGCAAGCUCGUGCUGACGUCCGACGAGGAGGGUGUCCCAGAACCCACCUAUCCGUAUGCUCGACUGCUACUGCGAUUCGAUGCCGAGUCGUUUCUGCACUCGCUGGACAUUGCGUUCGAGGAUUCGUAUCUCAACGACGAGUCACUUCCCAUCAGCCGCCUUGUCAUUGUACGCAUUCUCCUGGAAAUCAUCUCCUCCGGCCGUUUCCCGCCAUGUGACGUGACCUUCACCGACAUCUUUGUCGCCCGGAACGUGCCCAAAUACCAGCAGGCUCUGAAGACGCUCAAGCCGAGUUUGCUGCACGGUAUCCUUGUCCGUCUUGCAGAAGAUCCCGAUCCCGACACGCGAGAGGACCGGCAGCUGGCAGCCGAAUAUCUGCUGUCCUGCUUCAAUCCUCACGAAAGCGAACGCAUCAUCCAUCUGUUCGAGGCCGCCGGCUUCUACCGCAUUCUCCGGACAUGGUAUCGACGAGAGCACCAAUGGGUGCCUCUGUUGUGCACCUACUUCGAUGACCCCGACCUGCGCUCAUCUGAGCUCUUUUCGAACGCGGACGAUAUCCUGCGCACCGCAUUGCGUGGCAACAAAGGGACUCUGCCGUCCGAUAUGGCGACCACAGUCGCGUCGGCCCUCCCACAUCUGCUGGACUCGAGCAUCACGGGGACGGCAGCCUUGGUCAACAAGUACACAGGGCAUCUGCACGAGGUGGCGCUCGCGAGCUUGGGCGGCCACGAGCGAUUCAUGUAUCUGGAACACCUGUUUGCGUCGCCAGCAGAGGCACCGCUGUCGCUCUGCGAAGCAUUUGUCGCCCUCCAAUGUCUAUAUCAUCCACGUGACGUCGUCGCCACCCUGAGCAGUCUUCCUGCCGAUGACCUGGACUGGCCCAAGCUGAUCCAGACUUGCGAGACAAACGAGGCGUUCGAUGCCGUGAUUUGGGCGGUCAACCGCCAAGGCGACGCUAGAGAGGCCCUUGCCAAGGCAGCUACCUACGAGCAGCAACUGACCGCUCGCUUGGUCGAGUCGCUAAACAACGCAGACGAUCCAGAAGUCUCCCUGGAGAAGGAACUCGGCGAUCUGGAGGCGAUGGGGAAAACCGGCAUCACAAUUUGUCUCGAGCGAUCGCAAGGUGCUUCGGCGACAGAGGUCCCGCUGGAAGAUAUCUGGUUCCAGCUCCUGAACAGCCAGAUCAGCUGCGUGCAGAAUCUCACUGGCUGUUCCACAGACCUCAUCCCUGGCCGGGAGGGCAAGCUGGAUCAUACGCUCUCGAAGCUUCGUCUGCUGGUCCAAGAAACGUUUGAGGCUCUGGUCUCAAUCAGCUCGACACGAGCUGUUUCGUUCCCCCAUCUUUUCAAACGACUCGUCACCUCAGCGACCCCGUCGACAACUGGGACUCAGUACACCGAGUUCAAGACGAUCCUGACGGGAAUGCUUGAGUCAUACCGAUCAGAUGGCGACAUGCUAUCCAUCUCCAAAAAUCUCGUCGAUCGCGAUCUGUUUGUCAUCGUCGAGCAGGCAACCCAAGAACGCGUUAGAGGCUGGGCGCCUAGACACCGAAAUUGCACUGAAUGUCACAAACCCUUGCUCGGAAACGGCCAGUCGCAGAUAAUCGUGUCACGGACGGGGAAAAUAUACCAUACUUUAUGCUUUCCACAUACUUCGUUACAGUCGUACGGCUCCCAUCGGUCCGCUCACACGGUCGACUCCCCCCAGGACGCUCAUGUCGACAACCACGUCAGUGGCGUCUGCGGGCCAGGCCCAGAUCUCGCAGCCCCCGCCUCUGCUCCAUCGGCCUCGUUCUCCCCGCCACCCAACAACAAUAAUCCGGCGACGUCCGGCUCUACGUACUACUUUGGUUUCCUGGUCGCCUUUCUCGCCUUCCUGUUCCUGUUCCUCUCGCUUGGCCUCCUCGCCCGCCGGAGACGCAUGCACCUAAUGCGCGAGAUGAUGCUCUACGGGUCGGACGACGACACGCGCGUGAGGCUCAUGGCCGUACCCGUCAUAUCGCAGCCUUUAUACACCCGGCUAGGCGCCACCUCUGGUCGGACUUCAUGGCGACCGCUGUCCGCGUCGAUGGUCAAACGAGACGUCAUCGAUGACAAAUCUCCCCCGGCGACAAGGACGCAGCGUGGCCGCCGCGUCCGACACGGAACCCCUUCGUCGUCUAUUUUGGUUUCCCGGCAUGGCAACAACCUCGCCGGAACCCCCGUCAUGCCGCAGCCGCCCGACGCGGCCGACGACCCGGAGAGGCCGUACUUUGAGAUGGGCGUCCUGCAUGUGCCGUGGACGGAUCCGGCGAUUGAGACACAGCACCAGCCGACCGCGGAUGAACUUGAACGAGACGCUCCGUAA